AAGUGAGUGACCGUCGAUUUGCAGACAGAACAAGAAGAUCCAAUCGUUGUUCAUGAGAGCUGAGGCUACGGUCUUGAAAAAAAACGAUAGUGGUUUACAAAUUAUGUCGGCCAGCGACAGUGACUGUACGGACGUGAACAGAGAAGGGUCUCCAGUUGCUCACAGAAAGUCCUUCACCAUGGAACCGAACAGGUCCCCCCGGAGCUCCAAACGGCACCAUUCCCGCUCACGCUCCAGAGACAGAAAACGUGACAGAAAACACAGGCGCAGUGGCAGCAGGAGCAAAGAGGCUCGUAAGCGGGACCAUGAAAAGACGUCGAAAUCCCACAAAAAAGCACAUGACCCAGAUAGAUUGUCCGUGGAGAACGGAGAGGAGCGAGCCAGGCGAAAAGAGCGCAAGACAUCCAGAGAGCGCAGCAUAUCCCGGUCCUUGUCCCAGGAGAGGCGCCAUCACAGCAAGAGCAAGGACAAACGGAGGUCCCGGUCUCGCAGCAGUGAAAAAAAGAAGAAGGCUAGGUCCAGGUCUGGCUCUAGGUCCAAACACCGGCAUCAGAGCAGAAGCCGCAGCAAGAGCAGGGACAGAAAGAAGAGGCUGGACAAAGUGCGCAGGAGGAGCAGAAGUCACUCUGCAAGUCCCCCCAAUUUUAGAGGCCGAAACCCUGCCAUGGAUGCACAGGAGGCCCUGGCCCGAAGACUGGAGCGUGCCAAGAAGCUCCAGGAGCAGAAGGAGAAGGACCUGUUGGAGAAGCAGCACCAGCAACACCAGGAAAUUGCCGCAGCUGCUGCUCCUACAGCCGCGGCGGCUGCUGCAGCUGCUGCUACCACCCCUGGCCUGGAUGUGGCUGCUCUGCUGGCCUCAGGCACACAGGUCACUCCACAGAUUGCUAUGGCAGCGCAGAUGGCUGCUCUCCAGGCCAAAACACUGGCAGAGACUGGCAUUGCAGUACCCAGCUACUACAACCCUGCUGCUGUCAACCCAAUGAAGUUUGCAGAGCAGGAGAAGAAGAGGAAGAUGCUAUGGCAAGGAAAGAAGGAAGGGGACAAGUCCCAGACAGCUGAGCUGUGGGAAAAGCUCAAUUUUGGGAAUAAAGACCAGAAUGUGAAGUUCAGAAAGCUGAUGGGUAUAAAAGGGGACGAGGAGGUGGAGGCAGCCAAACCUCUGAAUGAAGAUGGUCUGAAGACUCUGCAGAAGCAGGAGGAGAUGUUCAGAAACCUGGACGUUCAGUAUGAGAUGGCACGCUCACAGACACACACGCAGAGAGGAAUGGGGCUGGGCUUCUCCUCCUCCUUCUCCCGGGGCCCGGAGCCCAUGUAGCAAUCAUGUAGGGACUACUUUAUCCAUCAGCGUGCAUGGAACUGUGCUUUAAACAUAGACACCCAUCUGACACUUAAUGUGUAAACAUGAAAAUGCUGACUUUAUCUCAGCAUUUAGAAAACUGAACGUCAUCAGUGAAACUGAUGUUGGUCACAUAUUUGUUUUAAUAUUGUAGCUUUUUGUUUUCUUAUUUUAACUUCUAUUAAUGUGAUUGUUUUGAACAUACUAAAUAUGUGAUUUAAGUGAGUACUGUUUACAUAGAUCUAGUGAAAGGCAGCUGUUUGGGUGGAAUCAGAACCUUUAAAGGAAAGGCGAUUAUUUAAAGAGGAUCUGUUCCCGACACAAGGACUACUCAUUGGGAUUCAUGUGGCAGAUGUCAUGUUUCAGACAUGCUUUCAAUAAAACAUGUUUAUGUUGUACUUAAGUCCUAUAUACUUUCACUAGUGUUAGGCUGGUUUAGUAAACAUUGAAUUACCAAA